CAUUUUAAAUAAUCUGUGUUCUUAUUUAAUUAUCAGGAUGGCGUCAGAAAUUUGGUUAGUUUGAGUGGAGUUUUUAUUUUCUUAACUGUCGGGCAGAUAAUGAUCUUAGGACACAACACUGUGCCGGGCUGUCGUGCUCUGAUGAGGCCAUCACUGGGACUUUCCGGAUACGUCAGACCGAGCUUCCGACUUGUUAACGCUAGCUGCCGCCGCCGCGUUCAUGUCGUUAGAGGCGGUUAACGUUACGUCGCAGCUCUGUAACAAACGCAGACAAGAGGCCAUGAAAACUCCCAGAAGCCGCCAGCAGCGCCCGGAGGUCUGAAUAUAGAGGCGCGGUGGUCAGAAGCGACAGGGCGGGAUGUCAACAACUCGGCCUCUGCUCGGAAUGAGACGAAUCACCGAGCUAGCGUGCCCGGAGCAGCCGGGCAACAGGCUCCCUGCGUCGGCCGGGAGGCAGCAAGCGGAGGCCCCCACAGUGGACGAGUUUACGGUCCUGGAGGACAAAGAAGAGGAGCUGAAAUGUGCCAGACCCCGAAUGGAGCAAGUUUUUAAAGUGACGUUUACAAUUAUUGGUCUGUUGGACCACACAGGACAGCCGCACGGCAGCAAAACAUCCCGGCAGAUAUGGCUGCAGCUCCGGGGCAACAGAGACGACGUGUCCAAGGCGAAGGAGUAUAUUCGAGGGCUCUGCGACCCGGAGCUGCAGAAAGAGGAGCACUAUCCCACGGACAUGCACUGCAUCUUCGCCGGGGCCCGGGGCCUCUUCCUGGACAGGCUCAUACGGGACACCAGCGCCGAGGUUCUGGUGCCGGAGCCGGGCCGUCUGUGGCUGGUGGGCCGUGCUGAGCCUGUUGUGAUGGCGCAAAGCCGAGUUCAGCAGUUUGUUGCUCUCUUCCAAGAGAAGAAGAGUCUGCCAAGUGACAGAGAAUCGGCCGUGAAGCGAGCAUUCAAGUCCUUCGUGGAGGAAAGAGAUGAUAAAUACACCAUGGAGCUCCUGCUGCUGCCCAGUGCCCUGAAGGAGGAGUUACUGGGACUGGUUCACAGCCCCACCAGCACAAACACAACGGCACUAGUCAACCAGGCGCUGCUUCCCAGCAUGGCGGAGGUUGACCAGGACCGCUCACAGAGCAGCACUCCGGUGACGGAGCUCUCCAACCGCAUCCUGGACACCAGCUUUGAGGAGAAAGGCGGUCCGGUGGCGGCGUCCGUCUGCGCAGGCGUGAAAGCGGGUUUGGGUCCAGAGGCGGUCCAGCUCAACGGCACCCGACCCUCACACAAGCGGCGCUCGUCCGAGAGCGAGACUCGGGACACAAAAAGACAAUACUCCCUGGAACGGAAGGAGGAGUCGCCAGAGAGGACGGCGAGAGAGCGACCUCGGGACAGGGAGGUCCGGGGCGCCGGCAGCAGCUGCAGGUCCAAAACCCCGUCUGCUUCCUCCACGCUCUCCUCCUCCUGCUACACAGGGAAAUCAAACACAGUGGCCGGUCCGAUCACACAGGAGUCCUGCGAGGCCGUACCAGACGACGGCGAGGCCGUCAGCCCGGAAACCAACCUCCGCUGCCUGGUGAACUUUUUCAGAACCAUGGGCUACCAGCAGGAAGUGGUGGAGCGCGUCGUCAAGGCAACGGGGCAGACGGAGGACACCUUUCUAAUCCUGGAGAAAAUAGUUGAAGAAACCAAACGUUGUGAGCAGGACUGCAAAGUAGGGGACAGAGAGAGACAAAUGAACUCCUUGCGUCCCGCUGACACCCUCUGCUCCUCUUCCUCCUCCUCGUCCUCUUCCUCCUCGUCUUCGUUGGCCUCGUCAAUGACGUCCCGUUUCAGGGAAAAGGAGCGGGAGCUGGGAGACUCUGGGAGAUCGAAGGAGAACAUAAAGCCGAGCCAGCGAGGAGGAAGCAGCAACGGGUUGGGACACCGGCGGAAGUGCAGUGGCAGUGAGACGAGCACUCAGCAGGCCAUCACAAUCAAGAGAAGCUCCAGUGCUCAGGGCGGAGCGGGGAACUACGAGGUGAUUACGAUCGACGAUGACGACAACAUCAUCCCCACCAGCACCAAAACAGCAGACGGUCGAAUGUCCCGGAUAAUGACGAUGCCGCACCCUGACCCCACGCAGUCCGGAUCCCGAACAGACUACCUGGCGCGAGGAGGGGGCGGAGUCACGCAGCGGGACUACCUGUCUCGAUGCGGGACUCAAACUUUGGGCGGACCAGUGAAGGUGGAGAGCGUUACGGCGCUGCGCAGCACGCCGCAGUGGCUGAGCAACGCCUCUCUGGCCUCAACUCCCAGCUCGGCUCAGCCCAUCAACCGGACCGCAGCCUCUGCCUACCAGACCAUCAGCCACGUGAACUUCCAGGGCGGCGUGGCCCGGACCCCGCCUACCAACGACCCGCCAGCCCCCCCGGUCACGGGCCUGGCUCGGUUCCACCAGUCGCUGCGGACCCAGUUCACCUUGAACCUGCCGAACGAGCGGGGGAACCCGGACCUCAGGCACAUCAUUAUAGACGGCAGUAAUGUGGCGAUGGCUCAUGGCCUUCACCGGUUCUUUUCGUGCCGCGGCAUUGCUCUGGCCGUGGAAAUGUUCUGGCGGAGAGGCCACAGGGAGAUCACCGUGUUCGUUCCGCAGUGGCGUCAGAAGAGAGACCGACUCGCUACAGAGCAACACUUUCUAAACCAGCUGGAAGACCUGCGGCUGCUGUCCUUCACCCCCUCCAGAGAAGUCUGCGGCCAGAGAAUAUCUUCACAUGACGACAGGUUCCUGCUCCAUCUAGCAGAGAAGACAGACGGGAUAAUCGUCACCAACGACAACCUGCGGGACUUUGUUGACACCUCGGACACAUGGCGUCGGAUCAUUCAAGAGAGGCUUCUUCAGUUUACCUUCGUUGAGGAUCACUUCAUGAUUCCCGACGACCCGCUUGGAAAAGACGGACCCCACCUGGACGACUUCCUGCGGAAAGACAACAGGAGAGUUUCCCCGCCGCUGUUCCACCCUCCGGAUUUCCGGGCCUCUUCCCAGCAGCAGCCGCUUGUUAACGUCCAGACUCUGCGUAACCCCGCCUCCCUGACGGCCCACCCCACCGCACACUGGCCGCACUCCGGGCCGCCCGAGUGGCACCCGCCGCGCCGCUCUCCCUCGCCGUCGCCCGCCCCGCCGCCGCAGCGGUCGCCGGGGGAGACGUCGGAGCUGAAGAGGAAGCUGUACGAUAUCUUUCCUGACCAGAAGCAGCGGAUCGACCGGAUCCUCAGCGACAACCCAUACAUGAGAGACCUGAACGCGCUGUCGGGUCUGCUGCUGGGGUGAACCGCCGCUCGGCCACCGUCUUCUUCUUCUCCUCGUCGGAGGGCACAGAAACUGUUUAUUAAACUAGCUGCUAUCUGCAAUGAAUAUUUUCUGGGAUUUUUUUUUUUUUUUUUUUCAUCGUUUUUUAUUUUUUGCUUUCUGGUCCAUCGAGGUGAGCAGCACCGCUGUCUGCAGAACACAACUGAAACGAUUUCUGUAUUUCAUCGAGAAAAUUCUGUUUGUCUGGGAAUAAAAUCUCUGCUAGCGAUCGAGACUUUCAACUUUCACCUCCGAAGGUUGGGAGAGUUUUACAAGAUACAGAGAAUCUCAUGUUGAAGAGGGUUAACUUUGUUUAUAAGUGUUUACCGUUGGAAAUCGUACUUUCAGUCAACUGGUCGCCCUCCUCACUUUCCCUCCAUUUUACUAUCGAAGCACAGAAACAGGUCUACUUUACACAGCGACUUUUUCCUGAAAUGAUCAAACCUGACCACUAGGUGGCGAUGCAUUGUCCAACAACAUACAGAAAGAUGGAAAGUAAUUUUUUUCUCACAACAGGAUGAAUAAUAAUUGUUUUUACCACCACACUGGUUCUAGAGCUAAACCUGAAUCAACCUGCUUUAGUCUGAUCCUCCAUUUUGAAUUUUUGGGGAGAUUGUGUUGCAGUGAGAUCAUGUUUGUAUGCAAAUCAGUGGUUCAGUGUGGCUCUUUAUCACCAAUCUAAUUUCUAAUCUCUGUUUUAAGCAUCAGGCUACAUUUAUAAACACUAUUUAUGACAUUUUCAAGCAGUCCUUGAGUCAGGAGUUACACACGCAGUUCCAAGUUGCAUUUAUAAACUCCAGCUUUCAAUUUGAAAGCCUACAAAUUUAUGUUUAAACCUGGAUUUAUGAACAGUUUAGCUGAUGUUAAUCAAACUCAGCUUUUAUAGCACCUUACAUAAAUAAACGUGGGCUUCCUGAAAUGCUGCUUAAAUUGUUAAGUUGCUUUGGUUCAGCACAAAGUUGGUUUGGAAGGAAAUAACUUGUUUAUUUUUACCAUUUUUCAUCCAGUAAAACGUUUUUUCUAGCUGGUUGAUGAGCUCUGAGACCGUUUUGCAGAAAACGUACAUGGAUUAUUUAAAAAAUCAGUUCAGUGAAUAAAAGGUGGUAACAAUGUAUUAAAGUUUAGAAGAAUAAAGAAGCAGGACCGCAUAAAGCUGUUUUCAGAGGCAUGUGGUGCAGGUUGUAGUGACAUCUAGUGGCACAAGCUGCAAACUGCAGCUGUAGCAACAUGGUUGAAUGGGGAGGGUGACCUGUUACUUUGUGAAAAACAUCCAUAUUUUCCUUCAAAAUAUGUCGGAGUUGGAAUGUGUAACAACCUGACCCAGGUUUGUUAACAGUUGACUGAGGAUCCUCGGCUUAAAAAUUCCCACAACAAACCAGAAUUUACUGCUUUGAUGAUCUCUUUUUAAAAAUAGCAAAGAAAACCCAUCAGAGUUGGAGGAGCGUUCAGUUCUGAGGUAUUCGGUGAGUUAUGAACCUUGGUUUGGAAGCGGUGGAAACAAACACUACAAUAUUUAUCUCCUGAUUACACCUCAUACUUGAGGUUUUCUUGUUGUUUUCAGUUCUGAGAUACAUUUGGAACUAAAGUGAAAUGCACUGAAGAUAAACGUUUCAUGUUUAACUCCUUAAAACUCAGAAUGUGGCUGCAAUUUGCAGAUCUAACAACCCUCUGGUUUUUGCUAAAUUCAAAACUUUCAUGUGUUUAAAGGAUUUUAUGUUGUAAGGGUUACUGAAGGAUUCCCCCCUUGUAUUAUAAUUCUUCUGUGUAUAUUGAUUUUUUUGUCUUGUAAAUAUUCACAUUUUUGCUUACAGUGCACAUAUGGUUUUAUGUAUGUUCAAAAUCCAGAAUAAAUGCAGCCUUCCCCAUCAAA